CUGCUUCAGGCAAUCAAUGAGGACCGCGAUGCUUACUUCUGCAGCUCUCUGUCCCUCUUUCUCUCUUUCGCCUUACCAGAUAUUAUAGUGCAUUUCAACUUUUGUACAGGCACACAGGCAAAAAAAGGGAAGUUUGGAUUCCAUUUUUGAUCACAAUUUACCUCUUGUUUCCUUUAAUAAAUAUGAGAGGUCGGUUUGUUGUCACUUUUCUUUGGAAUUUAAUAUGUGCCAUUUCUUAUGCUGUUUUACGGGUAGGAUAAGGAAACAACAAAAAGGUGUGACAAGAGCUUGGCGGACAACUGUGGAUUUCUGCGAGUAACUCCUACCGUCCAAAGGGGAUGAGGGGGGCAUCGGCCGGACCCCCCUCUUGAUUGAUUACUUAUUAGUCAUCCCUUUGGCUAAAUGGGAUCCAUUGAAAAGGCACCGUGGAACACAUACAUGAAUCAAAUAUUCCUGUGUCCCCUGAAUGUCUCCAGAGUAGUUUUGCUUAAGAGAGGGGGUCGUGGCUUAGCAUUAUAAAGAGGGAAAAACAGCAUAGCUUUAUGGGUUUAUUUAGACAGUUUCUACGGUUUGACAUUCUACCGCUGUAAAAAGAGAGAAGGAAAAAACUCGAGAGGAUUCCAAAGAGGAGAACAUUUGUGGACAUACAUUUUUUUUUCUAGUUAUACCGUUGUUUUCUUUUAUUUUUUUCUCUCUCUUAUUUUAAAUAUUUUUUUGCCAUUUCCUCUCCCGAAAAAUGAAACUUUGGACAUCUCCCUGGGUGUCUUGCCUGGUGAUUCUCAUCCUGUGUUUUGGAUCAGAGUGCGGGACAGCCCGGAGAAAGGGGAGAUCCAAGAGGGAGUUGGUGCGCAUUAGGGAGGCGAAAGCCACCAUCCCAGGGGCUUGUGCCACACGCCUGCCCCGGGGCAAACGGUCUUUGCCCGGCUUGGAGCGACGGGUGCUUCGCCAGCGUCGGCGCUCCUCGCAGGCGGAGGAAAACUCUCCGGACCGGGGGAAAGCUGUCUAUUUCACCGGUAGGGGAGAUCAGCUGCGGCUGAAGCCCGGCGUGGAGAUACCCAGAGGAAAUUUCACUCUGGAAAUGUGGAUCAAACCGGAGGGAGGUCAACGAUCACCCACAGUGAUUGCAGGUCUAUACGACAAAUGUUUCUAUGCCUCCAGUGACCGUGGCUGGCUGCUUGGCAUCCAGGCAGUUAGUGAACAUGGGAACCGUGACCCCCGCUUCUUCUUCUCCCUUAAAACUGACCGUGCCCACAAAGUGACCUCCAUCCACUCAAAUGCUCGCUACAUACCCAACCAAUGGGCACAUGUGGCAGUCACAUAUGAUGGCGUAUACAUGAAGCUCUUCGUCAAUGGCGCCCAAGUGGGCGUCAGUCGGGAGCAAUCGGGCGAUGUCUUCAGUCAUUUGACCAAAAAGUGCAAAGUGCUAAUGAUUGGGGGUAAUGCACUGAAUCAUAAUUACAGGGGAGCAGUGGAAAGGGUGGGUCUAUGGAGGCAGGCGCGAGGACAGAGGCAGAUUAUCAGGGAUAUGCAGGGCCAUGAGGACCCCCAAGAUCUACCUCAGCUGGUCAUUCGUGAAACCUUUGAGCACCCAGGCCGAAAGUGGCUGACUGUAAAAGAUGGUAUCUUUCCACAGCCUGAGCAGGGAGGAGGGGGUCGAUUAGGGUAUUUUGGUGUUGGUGGAGUCGGAAAUGCUGACGGAUUACUGGACACGACGCUGGAUCCUCCAACUUGUGGUCAAACUGUCUGCGACAAUGUUGAGGUCAUCAAAAACUACAACCAGCUUUGGACAUUCCGUCGGCCCAAGAAAGUGCGAUAUCGUGUCAUAAAUAUAUGGGACGAUGCACGGAUGAAGCCGACUGUAUCGGACCACCAGAUCAGCCUGCAGCACCAGCAGCUAAAUGAUGCCUUUAGCCCCUACAACAUCACCUGGGAGCUCAGCAUUCACAAUGUGACCAAUUCCUCUCUCCGGAACCGGUUGAUCCUAGCUAACUGUGAUAUCAGUAAAGUUGGGGAUGAUGCAUGUGACCCAGAAUGCAACCAUCCGCUGACAGGGUUUGAUGCAGGUGACUGCAUGUCUGGGCACCGGAGCCGUUGCCCUGAGCACAAACAGGGAAAUGGUAUAUGUGACCCCGAAUGUAACUGGGAAAACUUCCUGUAUGACCUUGGCGACUGCUGUAAUCCCAAUGUGACAGAUGUAACCAAGACAUGCUUCAACCGGUCCUCUCCACACAAAGCCUAUUUGGAUGUGAAAGAGCUGAAAGAGGUUCUGCAUUUGGAUGGCUCGACUCACCUGAAUGUCUUCUUUGCCAAUUCUUCUGAUGAAGAUCUGGCGGGGGUUGCCACUUGGCCCUGGGACAAAGAGGCCCUCACACAUUUGGGUGGAAUUGUGCUGAAUCCUUCCUUCUACGGCACAUUUGGUCACACUGACACAAUGGUCCACGAGAUCGGUCACAGUCUGGGGCUUUACCAUGUGUUUCGAGGUAUAUCUGAGAUUGAAUCGUGUAAUGAUGCAUGUUUGGAGACUGAGCCUUCAAUGGAGACUGGAGAUUUGUGUGCGGACACCAACCCCACCCCCAAAUACAAAGGCUGCCAUGAUCCUGAACCGGGCAAUGAAACCUGUGGCUGUCGGCAUUUCACACACACGCCAUUUAACAACUACAUGAGUUAUGCAGAUGACGCCUGCACAGACUCCUUCACACUGAACCAGGUGGCCAGAAUGCACUGCUACCUGGACCUCAUCUACCAGACCUGGCAACCCUCCUCUAAACCUCCUCCAGUGCCAAUGGCACCACAAGUGGUUGAGCAGCAUCAUAAUUCCAUCACCCUGGAAUGGUUUCCACCAAUUUCUGGACACUUUUAUGACAGAGAAUUGGGAUCAGUGUGUGAUAAAUGCACUGAGGGGAGAGUUCUACUGCAGUAUGCCUCCAACUCCUCUUCCCCACGACCAUGUGCCCCUUCUGGACACUGGUCCCCACGAGAAGCUGAAGGCCCUCCAGAUGUGGAGCAGGCUUGUGAGCCAAGUGUCCGCACCUGGAGCCCCAAUGCAGGGAUUGAGCAAGGUGUCGUGGGCCUGUCAGAGUGCCCUCUUCAGGGCUGCAUGCUUCAGCUGGAGUUCCCUUACCCGCUGGUCCCAGACUCUCUCACCGUGUGGGUCACCUUCUUCAGCCCCGAGGAGACGGCAGUGCCAGCCAUCCACAACAUCUUGCUACUGACCGUCAGCGGGAACAACGUUUCACUGGGCCCCAGUAAUGUCUUCUGUGACACCCCACUGACUCUGAAGCUGGACAUAGAGGAAGAGGUGUAUGGGGUACAGUUUUUCACUAUGGAGCAGCACUUAGAGAUUGAUGCCACCCUCUUGGCAUCCAAGCCAGACUGCACGCUUUGCAGACAUUGCCAACCACUACGCUACCGUCUGUUGCGCCAGCCGCCCUUCACCCAUGCACCACACGGUCUGAUGCUGAUUGAACCCAUCCGCCGAUAUACAGACAGGGACGUGAUGCCACGUGUUGUGUACACCUACCAAGUCCAAACCAUCUCCAGCCGGAGUGAGAGUGAGAGUGAGCCCUCCCCACCUUUGGUGCACGAACUGGGGUCACCUUACUGCGGAGAUGGACGAAUCCAGAGUUCCAAAGGAGAAGAAUGUGAUGAUAUGAAUUCUAUGAAUGGAGAUGGCUGCUCCAGUCAGUGCAAGAAAGAGCCCUUCUUCAACUGUAUUGAGGAGCCAAGCAUGUGCUACUACUAUGAUGGCGACGGGGUGUGUGAGGACUUUGAGCGAGAGACUGGUGUGAGAGACUGUGGCCUCUACACCCCCAGUGGUUUCCUGGACCAGUGGGCCUCUACUGUUGAAGUUUCCCAUGAGGAGAAGCCUUACUGCUCUGGUGAGGUGGCUGCUGGAUACCCUGCUGUUACUAAGACAUGUCAGUCCAAGGUGUUUGAUCUAUCAGAUGGAGUGUCCCAGUAUGCAUGGUUCCCCUGUCGUGAGGCUCAUCAGUCAGCUUGGGGAUAUCCUAACUACUGGCUCAAGGCUCACUUCUCUCAUCCCAUGGUGGCUGCAGCAGUGAUCAUACACCUGGCUGCUGACGGGACUGGCUACAUUGACCAGACUCAGUGUAACAUCACUGUUCAGCUAGUGGACACCAAGGAGGGCAUCCAUAGUCUAGGCGAGUGGCGUCUCAGCUGCCGCACCAACCCUUUGGUGAUUCCAGUGAGCCAUGACCUGUCAGUGGCCUUCUACCACACCAAGGCGAUCCUGGUCAUGUUUGCCUCUCGCCUUGUCGCCAUUUCGGGUGUAGGUCUGCGCUCCUUCCAGUCCUUUGACCCCAUCACGAUCAGCGGUUGCCAGAGCAAUGAGAUCUACAACCCCACAGGCCAGAGUUGUGUACAUUAUUCGUGCGAAGCCAUUGACUGCCAGGAACCCUUAAUCCGCAAUGCAGAGCUCAAGUGCAGUAGCCCUGGCCGCCACUUCUACAAUGGGGACCGCUGCACCAUCUACUGCAACUCUGGAUACGUCCUGCAAGUCCACCAGGAUGAUGACAUCAUCAAGAGCCAGUCGGACUCUUCAGUGACUAUAACCUGUGCGAAUGGGAAGUGGAACAAACAGGUUUCGUGUGAGCCUGUGGACUGUGGUUUGCCUGACAAAUACCACGUCCAUCCUGCCCAUUUCAACUUCCCAGAGGGCACCACCUAUGGCAAGAAAAGCACCUUUCAGUGUCGAGAACCUGCGCAGCUCGUAGGUACAAACAACACUCUUACCUGCCUAGAGGACGGACUGUGGUCCUUCCCGGAGGCCCUUUGUGAGCUUCGCUGCCCAGCUCCUCCCCCUGUACCCAAUGCCGUGCUGCAAACCAAGCGCUGCAACGAGACAGGCCUCAAAGUGGGUACGCUCUGCAAGUACAAGUGCAAGCCAGGCUACCAUGUCACCAACAAACCUAAGAGGCGUGCAUUUAAGCGGCAGUGCACGGAGGAUGGCAGCUGGCUGGAGGGGGCAUGCGAGCCAGUAACUUGUGAUCCCCCACCUCCAAUCUUCCACGGCUCUUAUCACUGUACCGAUGGCUUCCGCUUUGACAGCGUCUGCAGACUCAACUGCUCUGAUCCUGCUGGUAAAUCCGCUAUCGCCGCCACAGGAGGCUCUGCCCAUACGGUGAGGCUGCUGCACGGUCCAUGCAAGCAGGGUGCAGCAUCCAAUGUGAUCCGCUGUAGGAAGGAUGGGAACUGGACAGGGUCGUUCCGCCUGUGCCCACACAGCAAAGGCCAGUGUUCUUUACCUCAAAACCUCCAUUAUAGCCUACAGUACUCAUGCAAGCGAGGACACGGCAUAGGUGAGGAGUGUGAGCUGAGCUGCAGAGAGAGUAACAACGACGUGGUGAUCCUCCCUAGCAACAUGACAGUCGAACGUGUGCUUAAAGAGCACUGGAGGAACCCGCACAAAGUCAAGAGUAUAGUCUGCACAAUGGGAAUGAAGUGGUAUCCACACCCAGAAUUGCUCCACUGUAUCAAAGGAUGUGAGCCAUUCAUGGGAGACAACUACUGUGAUGCGGUCAACAACAGAGCCUUCUGCAACUAUGACGGAGGAGACUGCUGCCAAUCCACCGUCAAGACCAAGAAGGUGAUUCCGUUUCCCAUGUCCUGCGACAUACGGGAUGAGUGCUCCUGUCGGGAUCCCAACGCUAUAGAGAACAGAAAGGAUGAACAUGUCCACUCCCUGGGGUGACCAACCUGAGAGGGGGACCUCUGUUCAAUGUCCCAGGAACCUCGCUCCAACUCAACACAGUCAGAGCGGCCGAGGCAGACCCCUCCUUCAUCCUCCUCUCGGCCUCCAAUUUCCUGCACAUGCUGCUUAACAGGCAUACCUCUCCAUCCAUACUGCAACCCCAACCAGCUGAAAUGCCUCCGCCUCCACAUCACAGAAAGAUCUAGAAAAAGAGGAUGGGACUCAUGAGACAUCACAGAAAACUUCAUUUCUCAGCUAAAAAGGAAAGUAUCCCUGCAAUAUCAUCAUUUAAAAAAACAUAUAUAGCAAGGAGAAAAAAAUUACAUGAAACAGACAUUUUUUUUGAAAGAAUAAGAAAACAAACAAACAAAAAAACAAAACAAAAACAUAACCAAGCCUAGGUAGCAUGCCUUUUGUUCAGUUUUGUGCUGGCUUCAGUGUCUAAUUUAGUGACCUUGCUCUACAAUCACAUGAUUGAAUCUAAGGUAACUCAAAAUGUGCAAGUUGGGGAUUGUGUUGAGGUUGGCUCCGUGUUUUGCAAAUAUGAAGGAAAUCAAUAGCAAAAUGUUAAAAAUAAUCCUCAGACACUUCGGAAGGCAUUUUCCUUAUCGGAGGGGCUAGAAGUUUGUGCUUAUAUCAUUCCUGGUUUCAAACUGGUCAGACAUUCUGUAUUUCUGUGUCCUUUUUCAGUGAAGUGUGUUUCUUCAUAGGCACAUCAGAGGCUAUAGAGGUUAUUCCUAGCUCGGUGGGGAAUGAGACAGCCAUAUCGUUAAGUUUCGAGCCACAGAUUCAACACAAAAGCCAAAAUAAAAUACACAAACAUAAAAAAAAGUCAACCAAUUGUUGACCGACCAGAGACACAAUUUCCUGAGACAGUUUUAUACUUGGAGCAAAAUCCUGAAUGCAUAAUUAAAACAUUUUUAGCAUGGCUUCUGCUACUGUGUUUGCUGCUACCUGCCAUUGUCACAUCAUGAUAUCUAAUAGGGUUAGACAGCUUUGUCUUGCCUUGCUGCUUACAGUACCUCUUUAUAGCAUUCAUUCACACCUGCAUGUUAGCACAUAAUACUUUCAGCUCACAUUAAUACAGAAUACAUGUUGUCAACACCACAUAUGAAAUGCACUAAGAACUUUAAAAAAAAACCCCAGAACCUCACUCUGUCAUUCCCAUCACGCCCAAGGAAAACAAAAAUACUACGUACAUUGACCACGACUUAAAGAAUGUCAUCGAUAACACCUCACUUCGGGUUGGGGUGAUUUUAGUUUCAGUUUGAACUUCUCCCUCACGGCGCUUGAUAAGAACUUUGUUACCUCAAGCACUGAUUUCAAAAGGUUUAAACUGAAAAUAAAACAAUCCCAGCCCUGUUCAGAAUGUAGUCAAUGCUCGUCAGGAGUCUGUGGCUUUUUUUUUUUUUUUCAAUUGCACAGUACUGCACAGCACAGUCACACAAGAGUACAGAAAUAAAAGGGCUGGAUAUAGGCCAUGGCUCUUAGUGAGAAGAGGUAUAGGUGGAAGGAGACCACACCUGACGCACACACACACAUUCACUCACACUCACAUACACACACUCAUCUUUCUCAUUAGCUCCCCUCCCAGUAGUAUUGGACUCUCAGCGCUAGCUCUGCAGGCAACCAUGUUGUACAUGAAAAUGACAUUUGGAUGUAUAUGUCAAUACAGCAUUAGCAGUAACAAUAUGAUCAAAUGUCCCUAAGAUUCUCUUUCAUUUUAACAUUAUGUUUGUCUCCGCAGUUAAAAGUGCACUUGGUUGUGAUCAGCUCUUUUCAGUAUUGUGACUUGGGUGUCUGUCCCCACCAGUUAACAUCAUUAGAUAAUGUGGCUGCUACAACAGCUUUGUAUUUUGUUACUCUUCAUUCCAGACACAUAUACACUAGUUUUUUUUUUCCUCAUGCACAUUUGAUAAUGAAGGCUGCUUGGCAUAUUGGUCCAAAUUUUUGCUGCUGCUCCUACUUGGCUGCAACAAUAGCCACGGUUACAAUCAGCAUGAUUAUAACUUUUCAUUUCAUUUGGGUCAAUGGCGCGGUCCCUCUGACUCGUAUUAGGCUGCUAUAGCAUUCCAGAUCAUUCUCAUAAGUAGGGAAAACAGCUGUCCGCAAGGAGCUGUACAAGUGGCAAUGUAAGACCAAUUUCAUGUCAUUUUAAAACCGAUGUUAGUGAAGAACUAUGACGAUAUUACAACAUGCAGAAAAAGUGAAAAAGGUAUUAUUUUCCACCAAAUACAAAGAAAAAAAAAUCAAAAAUAUUGUGUAAAUAUUACUAUAUGUUCUUGAUGGACAGGAGCAUUGAAAAAUGUUUUUAGGUUGUUUUUUUUGUUUUGUUUUCAUGUAUUUCAUUUUUACAAAAUGUCAUAUUUAAUCAGUGUUUGUAUUAUUGACCUCAGUUACUGCACUUUUUAGUUGCCAUGUAAGAAGAAAAAGUAUAUCUUUCGAAAAUGUUUAGAAGCUGCUAUUGUCAGAAUGGUGAUCUGAAACAAACUGUAUGAUAUUCGGUCAUUCGACUCCCUGUG